UAAGUAAACAAAUAAAUUCAUUACUGUACCAUAAGUCGAUAAAAUACCUAAAUUUAAUUAAUGACACAUUAUGAUGUCAAGACAAAUUUUACGACACUGAAACCGAAUACGAUCAAUCCAUGCCCUCGCAGUUUUAGGAGAAGAACUGAGAGGCUCUCAUUGUGAACUCAUACGUCGAUCUGGUGCCACUGUGGCACCCAGUUCUUUGCAAAACGACAAAUACACGAAAUAUAUAGGCAACAGCCUCAUGCAUUUCACAUACGAAACGAUAGGGGCUGCUGGAAGAGUCGGUCAUUCUCUUCCUGAUCCACUUUAGUUUUUCUACUGGCAUUUCAGCUGUUCAGCGUAUCCUCUUCAUUGAUUUUUGGAGACCUCACUCAGAACGUGUUGAGAAACGAGUAAAAAAAUACUGAAGUCGUAGUCUUGAUUUUUUUCUAACAGCCCGAAAUAUGGGGGAUAUCAUUCCCCCAUUGGCACAAUGUGAUUCUUGAUUUUGCUGAAUGUGAAGAUGGAAACUUUUUCUUCUUAAAACUUAUGUUGUGCUUCAUUUUGAGAUUAAGUCUCCGGAAAACAUGUGAUUACCUUCACAUUGGACAGAUAUGUUGUAAAACUAAAUGAUCUGAAGUGCUUUGAAGUUGCAAAGAAGUAUGACAAUGGAUACUGCAAAACAACAGUCAAGAAUGUUAACAACAAGUUCCAUUGAACUGAAAGACGACCUGGACAAGAGACUAGAGAAAUGUUACAGUUCUCUGACUUCACUUAUUACUGGCCUAUCAGAGAGAGAAAUCAAUGACACAUUGAAUGCACAUGUGAGCAAGGGCCAGCUUCAACAUGAGGAGACACAACUUGGGCAGUUCUACUCCAUCUUGGUGGACCCAAAAAUGGCAGCAAAGACAUAUCGUGACAUGGUCCUCAUAUCCAGGGAUGGGCUGACAAUGGUUUUGACCAAUGUCAACAUGGUCAUACAUGAGAAGUGGUUAAAACUUCAGGAAAGUGCCAGGGCUCAGCUGGUGUGGCUCUGUAAGGAGUUGGUGCGGAACAACGUGACAGGUGCUGACAGUGUGUGCAGCUCUCUCAUCAGACAGAUUGCAGGUGGUGAUGUCACAACAAAGAAUAUCUGGCUCUGUGAGAGCAUGCUGGAUAUGUUCUUAGAAUAUAAACAGUGGCUGGAGAAGAAUCCCCAGCUCAUCCCGGGAGUGGUCUACACAUUUCUGCGGGUCAUUGUCGACCAUGGAAACCCCAACCUGUCCGUUGUUCGCCAGAAGGAGGUGGAGCUUUGUAUUGGACUUCUUAGAGAAAAGUUUGUUGAUUGUAUGGUGAUUGGACGGGAUCUCAUCCGACUUCUCCAAAACGUUGCCAGGGUUCCUGAAUUUGAUAAAUUUUGGAGGGACAUGAUAAACAAUCCAACAGCAUUGUGUCCCACAUUCACAGGCAUUCUGCAGUUAUUGCAAACACGGACAUCACGCAAGUUCUUCAUUGCACGUCUCACUCCUGACAUGGAGAACAAGCUUGUCUUCUUGCUGACAAAGGUGAAAUUUGGGCAGCAGAAACGAUAUCAAGAUUGGUUUCAGCGACAGUACCUGUCAACCCCUGAGAGCCAGUCCCUCCGGUGUGAUCUCAUCCGCUACAUCUGUGCUGUGUUCCAUCCAUCCAAUGAGCUUCUGUGUUCUGACAUCAUUCCACGCUGGGCUGUGAUUGGCUGGCUUCUCACCACGUGUACAUCCAACGUGGCAGCCUCUGACGCUAAGCUUGCUCUCUUCUAUGAUUGGCUGUUGUUUGUUCCCGAGAGAGACAGCAUCAUGAACAUUGAGCCUGCCAUCCUGGUGAUGUACCACUCAAUGCGACCUCAUCCUGCCAUCACCGCCACGUUGUUGGACUUCCUGUGUAGGAUCUUGACUAAUUACUGUCCCAUGUUGUCGGUACAAGUUCGCCAGGGUAUCUUCACAUCUUUAAAAACAAUACUGGAGAAGAGAGUUUUACAGUCUUUAUCACCGCUGUUUGAUAACCCGAAACUGGACCGAGAACUCCGGACAUUGUUACGAGACAAAUUUGCAGAGUUCUGUUCACCAGAAGCACCCAAGGAGGAGUCAGCACUGAAAGGGGAGGUAAUUGACCUGGACAACGGCAGCAAUCAUGUGGAGGACAACAACUUGUCGGAUGCAAGAUUUAGUGAUGAGGAAGAUGAGAUUCCUCUUGGUAAGCUCAAGCAAGAAAUGAAAUUCCAACCCAUACCCGAGCCACCUCGUUUUCAACCAGUGGAUAUAUCCGAGAAUCUUCAUCAGUUACCUGAGGACCUUCAAGGGUUCACGCAGGAGUUGCAGAAUGAGACCGACCAGGAGAGUCAGUGUGAAGUCAUUGAUCGUCUGAUGCAGGCCGUCAUACAACAGGAUGACUUCGACCAGGAUGUGGCGACACCGCUGGCUGUGUGCCUGUGCCAGAUUCUCAGCACCCAGUUCAGCUUGAACCUCUUUCCUCAGGAGAUAGAUGAAGAAUCUAUAGAAGAUUCAAUAGGAACGCCAAUAUUUGUUAUGUUUAGGUUUUUAAGUCAAAUGUCGGAGGAGGAUCCGCGUCGACAUCCGAUACUACAGUUAUUAGGGGAAAUGUAUAUUCGGCAGCCCCGGAUAGGGUACCAUCUGCUGUACUUUCUCAAAGUCAGCAAAAUGAAUGAAGAAAAAAUGGCUACAUACAAAGACUUCUGUAAAAGUAUGGAUACAAAAGACCCCUCUGAAUAUUUGUUACAAGAUUUAAAGCAAUGUCAGGAAGAUGAUGUCCGAUUAUUUACAUAUCUCAUACCUGAUGUCUACACACACUUUCCUGCCAUUGCUGUUGGCAAUGCAGAACUUCUGCAUGUGUUGGUAUCCUGCAUAGACGGAACACAGCUCCAGGAUUUGAUUUGUCAGAUUCUUCAAGGUCAUCUGAUCAUGUUUAACAACAAGGAGACCUUCCUCUCUGUGCUCAAUGAAAGUCUGGACUGGGAAACCAUCGAGCAGUACUUCCUGUGGCAGCUCAUCAUGUCUCACAACAUACAGAUCGAACACAUCCUACCCAUAUUACCAAAACUAGAAUUCGGAGCUCAUGCGGAGGCAAUGACAAGUAUAUUAGUGUUACUUAAGCAAGAAAGCCCUGCUGUGGACUUGUUGAGACCAAUACUGGUUCGAGAGUGUAAGAAGAAUGACUUCUUCACAGUAUCAAUACUGAAGUACUGGGCCCAGGAACAUGAAGAUCGGCUAGCAGAACUCAUAAACCAACAACUUACAAAGUUUAAUGGAACCCCGAAGAAAAGACAAAGGACCGGGUCGGCUAUGAAGAAGGACAACCCCUCAGUGGACCAGGUGUUGUCCCAUCUAGACCACAUGCGGCAAGUGUGUCGCAACAUAUCAUUUCUCAACAAUGAAAGUGUUCAGCACGCCUUGCAACAAGUACAGUCCUUCGCAACAGAAUCACAGAAAACAAAAUACAGUGACCUUCUUGCGUUAGCAGAGGAUAUUGAAGACAUCAAGACAACCAGAGUGUUGCGGGGUGGACGGAAGGCAUCCAAUGCUAGUCCCAAGGCCAACAAGUACAGAAAGGCAGUAGUUGAUGAAACAGAAAGUGAAUCUCUUAGUAGCGAGGAUGAAGAAAUGAAGCCGAAGGCUAAGAAGCGUAAGAAAGCAGCAGCCCCGUUAGAUGAUGACAGUGACUGAGAGUCUGACGACUGGGAUUGAAAACUAGAACAUCUGUCUGUGCCUACCGGUGUUGGAACCAUGCCAGAUAAUUGCCAGCAGCAGGGGAGAUGGACUUCCUGUGAUCCAGAGAUGAUGAGACCAGGAAUAGGAUGGUACGAUGGCUGCUGGGUGCUGCGUGAGCUGUCUUACACUUUGAAGAUUUACUCCGUGAAGGAGGAUGAAUUGUUAAUGUCUACUAAACCACAUUCAGUGUGGUCAUUCAUCUCCACAUUCCUGUCUGGAAAAACUGAUGACCUUUAGGAAUGGGAGAUAAUCUGAUAUUGAGCAUGAAGGUCACUGUGGCAGCUAUAUGUAGAUGUGUAUCGGUACACAUGCAAUGACUCGACUCUACGCUUGCAUUGUGGACAAGCCUGAACAAGAAGUACUACUUUCCCAAGAACUAAGUAUAACCCAGAAAAUCCAAGCCAUUUUCACCUAUAUGACUGCUUACAAUGAUCAACUGAUACCAUUUGUUUAGGCCUACAAUGCUCAACUGAUACCAUUUGUUUAGGCCUUCAAUGAUAAAAGGAUGUUGUGGUCUCUGUCUGGACCAAGUUAGCUGAUAGAAUGCUUCGACAGCUUGCCUUCCUGGUUUUCAUGAUGCAACAUAUAAUGGGUGCUGCUUUAUUAAGUGUAGACAAGACAAGGAAUGACAACACCUAGAAUGGAUUACCGGUAUGUUGACUGCAACGCAAAUGAAACUACGCAACAUGUAUCAUUCAUCUUGAUGUGCUAUACACAUACUGUGUAUGUUACAGUGCUGACUAUUGAACUAUUUGAAGAUCUUCUAAAAUCAAAACGCAUCCCGUGGUUCAUCCGAAUACUGUCUUAUAGUAGCCUUGGAUGAUGAUGUAAUUGACAGUGCCAGGAUGUUAGAUAUAGGAGCAUCAGAAUGUUGACUGGGAUGUGGCUUAGGAAAAGUAGCAGCUGGUAUAAAUAUUGAAAAACUAGAGCAGUAUUCAUAUUUGGGGCAUCUGUUCUGUUGACAUCCUGGGAUCUGCAUCACUAGCACAUGCACUGUAAGACCAUUUGAAAACAGUAAAAUCGAGUGAUGUUGAUCAGUCUCCAAGCCUACGUUUGAAUUAAUUGCUCUGUCUUUUUCUCAUGUGGCAAGUAAGUAUUAGGAGUAUUAUCAACCAUGUUGCAGCUAGUGUAUUCUCUUACCAAAAUGAAAUUAAUUAUAAAAAAAAAAUUACUUUUUAAAAAUCAGGCUUAAGAAAUUUAAAACAAUAUGGGUACACAUGCAUUAUACUGGACACCUAUCCGACAUGUUUGUUUGAUGCUACUAUCAAAUCCGCACGGUACAGCAUCACUAUUAGAAAAAUAGGCUUUACUUAGGAGUGCAUUUAAUUCAAGCUGUUGAGUGGGGGAGUUGAGUGACCCCCAAACCCCCUGUUAUUUUAGCAAGGCGAUAAAAAUGGUGUCUGAAAAACUUAGAAACCGUUACUAAGGAAUGAGCUUGUGUACAUCCCUUACCAAAAUGGCGGAAGGUGUCUGGUAUACUGCAAUCUUUUCGCAAUAUGUUCUCAGCAGAAAUAUUUGAAACAUUAGUGCAAGUAGACAAUCAUUUCUCAUCAUAGCAUGAGAAGGUUUGCUACCAAGGAAUCAUUAGAAUU